AUGGAACCUCACAACAAAACACCAAGGGAUCGGCUGGCUCGAGAGAAACUUCAUGAGUCCAGGAUUUUGAAAUCCAACGUCGUCACUCGUCAGUUUCACAGGAGAGUUCUGGGAAUCUUGAGCAAUAAAUGUGAAUCUCAGUUUCUCAUAACUGGGAUAUCCCCAGCGAGGUUGUUUUUAAGCAGGGAAUUGUUAUCCUUAAAAACUCUUUUCAAGGUUCAUCCCAGAGCGUGUUUGAUCAGAGUAUCAAGAACUUUGGAUUCCAAACAGGGUAAGAGGAUUCUGAGGCCUCUGACUCGCAUCGAUCGUGGGUUCAAAGUUGCAUCUGUGACACCAGAUUUGCAGAGUUUGUUUCGUAAGACUCCUGCAAAAGCAUGGCUCCAUGAUCUGAGAAAAGGGAAGGACCCAGGUAAGAUUCCUCUGUCACAGAAUCUAUCGAAUCUCAUAAGACUUGUGACUCUGUACAAGUAUGGAGGAAUAUACUUAGACACAGAUUUCAUAGUGCUUAAAUCUUUUCAGUUUUUCGGGUUGAGAAAUUCUAUUGCUGCACAAGGCGUGGACCCAGUUUCCAAGAACUGGACAAGACUGAAUAAUGCAGUUCUUCUUUUUGACAAGAAUCACCCGCUUCUGUUUCGAUUCAUUGAAGAUUUUGAAACAGGUUUUGAUGGGAACAAAUGGGGGCAUAAUGGUCCUUACAUGGUUUCCAGAGUGGUUGAGAGGGUUAAAGAAGUGUUGAAAUUCACUAUUUUGCCUCCGACGUCGUUUUAUCAUGUGGUUUAUCAUGUGGAUAAGAAGCCAAGGAAUGAAGAGGAAGCCAGAUGGAUUGAAGGCUUUUCAUAUAGGAUUAGAAUUUCAAAAUGA